AGAAAGCAUACUGGCAGUAAAAAUAUUUAAAAAGGGGGGGGAAUGUUUGGAGAAAUGGCCCUUUAAUGUGACGUCAUCCCGCCGCGACGGGAAGGAAUGGCGAGGCGGGCGUCACGUGACAGUUUUGUGACCAUAAGAGAUUGAAAAAUGAAUCCCAGGCGAGCGCUGCAUUUCGUCUUCAAAGUCGGAGACCGAGCGCAAACGGCGCGUUUCUACCGGGAGCUACUGGGCAUGCGCGUUCUGAGACACGAAGAGUUUGAAGAAGGCUGCAAAGCUACCUGCAAUGGUCCCUACGAUGGCAAAUGGAGUAAAACGAUGGUGGGUUACGGUCCUGAGGAUGAGCACUUUGUCACAGAGCUGACCUACAAUUACGGCGUCGGAGACUACCGCCUCGGCAAUGACUUUCUGGGAAUGACUAUUGCCUCCAGCCAGGCUGUGAGCAAUGCCAAAAAGAUGCAUUGGCCGCUCAAGGAGAUCUCAGCUGGCAUCUAUGAGACAGAAGCUCCUGGUGGGUACAAGUUCUUCCUGGAAGAGAAAGACUCUCCAAAGAAAGAUCCUGUCAUGAAGGUGACUCUGGCUGUGUCCAGCCUGCCAAAAUCCGUGGACUACUGGUCCAAGCUGCUGGGCAUGAAGGUGUACGAAAAGGACGAAGCCAAGCUCAGGGUUCUCCUCGGCUAUGCGGACAACCAGUGUAAGCUAGAACUGCAGGGCAUUGGUAAAGAUGUGGACCAUGGUACUGCCUUUGGGAGGAUUGCCUUCUCUUGCCCCAAAGAACAGCUCCCCGAUAUCGAAGCCUUGAUGAAGAAGGAGAACCAGAAGAUUUUGACCCCGCUGGUGAGCCUGGACACACCGGGGAAAGCAACCGUCCAAGUGGUCAUCUUAGCCGAUCCCGAUGGGCACGAAAUCUGUUUCGUGGGGGACGAAGCCUUCAGAGAGCUUUCCCAAGUGGAUCCGAACGGGGAGAAACUCUUAGAUGAGGCGAUGGCCGCUGACAAAAGCCAGGAGUGGUUUGCCAAACGUAACAUCCCAAAACCUUCGGCGCAAAACCCAACGGUACCAGCCGGUCAGUGAUGUUUGCAAAGGGGGCAUUGCUGGUCAUGCCUUCACGCAUGGAGAACUGCUGCUGUUGCUGAACUUCCUUUAAACACACACAACUUUCAGUUGUCUUGUUUCCUUUCUCGAAUCUGCUGGGUAUCAGGUGGAGGGGAUAUGCUCUUAGCUUUGGCGCAACGGGGUUAGAUUUAGCCUGAAAGUGUUGAGCGAUGCACCAAACGGAGAGGUUGCAUGGAAAAGCGAUGUUCUUCAAGACUCUGGAGGUUAUACAUUCCAACAGUUUAGGAGUUGUAGCCCAAAAUAGGAUCCUUCCCCGGUUCUGGGCAUCCCUUUGUUUUUGUUUCUUUUGUCCUUAGAGGCAGGGAGGAAAAGCGACACAUGCAAAACACACACACAGUGAGUCUGUUAUGUUACUUCAUGCAGCACAUUGUGUUUCGGUUGCUGGUGGAGCCGGCAAAAUUGUUUCUUUUCGCAAACGUACAUGUGGAAAUGGAGCUUUUCUUUUCAAUCCUGUAAGCUAAGAUGAGGAAUGUGUGGCCUUACAAAUGUUGUUGGGCUGCGGCUCCCAUCAGCCCCGUUUGGUCAAAGAUUCUGGGAGCUGUAGUCCAAAACAUCUGAAGGGCCAAGCGUUUCCUUCUGUGCCUUAACUCCUUUUGGCACACAGAUCCGCUUAGUUGGGAGAAACGUUAUUCCCUAGAAAGCUGAUUUCCCCAGGAAGGGAAACAACCUAAUACUUUCUAUGGGGCUGUUCUUCCUUUCAUUUCCAAACUCGGUGCCAUUUAAAUCCGGCAUUGCCUUGGGUGAGCAUUAUUUCCCGCACGAUGGUUGUUCAGCCGGUUACGUGAGCAUCUCUUAAAUCUGUUUUUCUUCUUCACCUCUCACCAGUUGCUUAAGAGGAGUUGGGCAAAAGAACAAUGUAUAUCCAGGUGGGUUUGAAUGUUUCCGCUGCUGAAACUGUGAGGUUCGUCAAAUAAAAUGCAUUCAGACCCUUAA